UGGAGUCAGAAACAUUCUGCGGGGUUCCGCCGAACGACCGUAUAUCAAUUGAUACUCAUCAUGCUGGCGGUUCCGCCUUCUUGUGAAUGAUUUUUAGUUCACGUAAGGAGUAAGUUUUGCUGAGCUGCUUUGACAGAUUGCAAAAUGUCGACGGAUCGAGUGAUCACCAUUUCAGCAGCCCCGACCGAGGAUGUCACUGUGCCGUCUGAUGCUCCGCACGAGAACGAGUGGUACAACGGACGCGACUUUGACGGCUACAGAAUUACCGAACAAUUACUGUAUCAGAGACGUAAGAUUCGAGUGAUAGGCAUUGGUGCCGGAGCUGCGGGUCUUCAACUUGCUUACAAGGCAGAACGUGCCUUGAAGGAUGUAGAUUUGCAGAUAUACGAGAAGAACAACGACGUUGGCGGCACCUGGUUGGAGAACCGAUAUCCUGGGUGUACCUGCGACAUACCGAGCCACAGUUAUCAGUUUACUUGGGCGAAAAAUCCUAAUUGGUCGAGAUUCUACUCAGGAUCGGAAGAGAUCUGGCAGUAUAUGAAGGACGUUGCCACCAAGUAUGACCUGGAAAAAUAUGUUCAAUUCAAAUCGACCGUGGAAUCCGCAACUUGGGACGAAGAAGCAGGCCUGUGGCGCUUGCAGAUCUUGGCCCCGGACGGUUCACGCAUCGAGGACAGCUGCAACAUCUUGAUAAACGGUUCUGGUGUUCUGAAUUCUUGGAAAUGGCCCAACAUUCCUGGUCUAGAUCUCUUCAAGGGCAAAUUGAUGCAUUCCGCGAAAUGGGACAACACCUAUGACUUGAAGGACAAGACGGUGGCUGUGAUUGGAGGUGGCUCUUCUGCUGUCCAGAUCAUCCCCUCAAUACAACCCAGUGUGAAGAAGUUAUACCCCUUUUUGAGAUCGCCGGUAUGGAUAACAACGGGCUUUGGUGCAAAAUAUGCAGGACCUGGUGGAACCAACUUCAAUUACCCUGAAGAGCAGAAGAAGGAAUGGAGUGAGCAUCCUGAGAAGCAUGCCCAGUACUGCCGCGACAUUGAGGGCGAACUGAACAAACGCUUCACAUUAAUGCACCUCAAGGCAAAAGAUCAGAAGGUCUCCCGAGAUCUCGUGGCAGAUAUCAUGUCAGAACAGCUCGGUCAUGAUCCAGUACUCACCAAGCAUAUGAUACCUCCAUUUGCCCUUGGAUGCCGGCGAAUGACCCCUGGUUCUGGAUACCUACAGGCUCUAAAGGCCGAGAACGUCGAAGUGGUUCAGUCAUCUGCCGUUCGCCUGACAGAGACCGGCAUUGUGGACGAGUCGGGCGUCGAGCGGGAGGUCGACGUGGUAAUUUGUGCCACAGGCUUUGAUACAACUUUCACUCCGCACUUCAAAGUGGUUGGAAGGAACAAUGCCGAAAUCCAUGAACAAUUUGGUGAUGCCCCUAUAGGCUAUCUUGGUAUUACUGCAGAGAACUUUCCGAACAUGUUUCUUCUGAUUGGACCGAAUGGACCUGCAUCACACUCGAGCAUUCUGCCGAUACUAGAAUGGUACACACGGUACAUCUUUCAGGUCAUCGAAAAGAUGCAGACGGAGCAAAUCAAGGCGAUCGACCCCAAGCCUGAAGCCAUCAAGGAUUUGUACAACCACACCCAUGAACUGAUGAAGCGGCUGGUUUGGUCAUCAGCAUGUCGAAGUUGGUUCAAGAAUGGGAAAACUCAUGGUCCGGUAACCGCGAUUUAUCCAGGCAGUCGCUUGCAUUUCUUCGAAAUACUGAAGAAUGUGCGGUGGGAGGACUACAACAUCACCUAUUGCGGUCCCAAUAGAUACGCAUUCAUGGGUAAUGGCUACACUCAGAUAGAAACUGAUCCAGAGGGUGACCCUGUAUGGUACUUCGACGAUCCUUUUGUCAAGAUAUGAUCAGCUUUGUCGGCUGCUCAUCAAGUGCAUUAGUAGAGGUAUGCCACAAUGAGAGUGUAUCGGAUUGGACGUGGUAGAACAAUUAAUUCCCAGGUAUAUCACGCCUUUACGGGGCGUCUUUCAUGCUGAACACACAGGGCAUACACCUGUGCGCGACAUAUAUGUCCGCGGUUUCCGGCUAUAAAGCGCCAGCCAGUCAGUCGGCUGGUCGGCGUCGCCUCAGAAAGGUUCAAGGGCUGUGGGGGCCUGUCAUAGUGGACGAUAGGCACUUCAAUUGGUGACUGGCAAUGCUUGAUUAGUUAAAGCGCAGAACGAGGUUCUCCACCAUCAAUUGUUCUCCGCUCUGCGCCCUGUGUGACG